UAAGCGGCUUUUAAAAAGUAACGCCUUGACAAAACCGAAGAAGAAGAUAAAAAUAUAAAUGCAUUCAUAGCGGGCUUUGGAAAAAUUGUUAUAUAUUGAUAUUGUGUGAAAGUUCCAAAUUUAAUUUACGAAUCUGUUUUGAAAAAUUGUGAUUCAACUUGCGCAAAACUGUUAUAAUAAAUUAACACAUUAAAUUAAAAACACAAAAUGGAUAUCUCUAGGCAAACAUUUAGUGAAGCCAAUACUACAGGAGUAUCCAUGUAUUUGUCGUUUGAUUCAAGCAUUUCUAGUGCGGCUUAUAAAACAUUGGAAGCCACUACAUGUGAACUUUCAAUGUUGUCAAACAUGGACCAUGAGGAAGCAACUGUCGAAAAUUCUCAGGAAAUUCAUCAAAACAGCACGUUGGAAGCAUUAGAUUCCCAUUUAAACUACCUUGAAUCAGUUAAGGAUAAGGAUGUAGGCUCGUGUUCACAACUCUCUGCUGUACCAAAACGUAUUUUACAAGAGUACAAUGUUGUGAGCUCGACACCUACAAAGGAACAGUUAUUGCGUAGUGUUGAAGUUGUUCGUGGUUCUAGUGCCGAUAGAUGUGUGGAUCUAAAGUUUGCUUUUAUGGAAGUGGAUGACAAUAAAGUUAAAAAUGCCACAGACAAGGAAAACGCUUUACCCCUUAAAGAGGUAACUGCGAUUUCAAAUAAAAAUAUGGAAGCCUCACUACCAGCAAUAGUAGAGGAAAAAGCACCAGCUAUUGACGAAAUAAAUGCAAGUAAACAUAAAGAAGACUCAAAUAUUGAUGAAGAAAAAACACCAAAGGCUAGCAGUAAGGAAUCAAUAACUGACCAAGAACUACGGGAUGCAGAAACUAAAGUUUCAGAUGUAAACAAAAGAAAAUCAGUGGCUAAGAAACUUAUAUCCGAACCUGAUCUGUUAGCCAAUCGUCCAUCAAGAAUUGCCAUGAAUGUAAACAAUGGUUAUUCAAUUAACAAUUUUGCUACCAAAACAAAUAUUGAAAAAGAGAUAAAUGAAAUUCCAAAACUGAUGAAUAAGGUGUUAAAAUUUGCUGAAAUCACAACCACAGUGACGGAUAAAACUAAAUCAGCUUCAUUGACCGAUACACGUAAGUCAGUCUCGUAUAAUUCAAAAGGACGCUCCUCAAUGCUACCAUCUAGUGUAGCAUCACAAGGUGAGAAACGUCCUUUUGCAUUUACUCAACGUAUGUCGGUAUUGGUAAAAACCACAUUAAACGAUCCCGCACGUAAAAUAGCUCGACGAUCUGCUUUACCCAACACACAGCAAAACAGAAAAAGUACCGUCCCCACAGGGGUAUCGAGCAACAGUCGCAAAAGUAUGUUGCCAAUAGGUAGAACGGUACAAACCAUCUCCCGUGAUGUAAACACAAAAUGUACGACAAAGCCGCUCACUGAAUCUACUAAAUACGCGCCAUCCAAUCGAAAGUCACUUUAUCCUGUAGAGAAAUCGCGCAACGACAUUGCUAAAAGUGGUAGCAUUCCACCAUUAUCUGCACAGAAUACGAAAUCUCGACCAAGUACAACUGGGAAACUCGAAAGCACAUUCGUUUGCAAAGUUUGUGGCUGUAAAUUUAGCCUAAAGUCGCUUUUAGAUGCGCAUAAACGUUCUCACGAAGGUGAUGGUGUGCCGGCUUUCGUUAAGAAAACCACCAACACUUCGAGCUCAACUUCAUCAAUUACACAAUCAAAUAAUUCAAAUAAGUGUAGAUAUUGCGACAAAAAGUUUGUACUACUUCGUGCUUUACACAUUCACCUGCUGGAAAAUUGUCCAAAAAUACCACCUAAUGAAAAGCGCAAGUUGAAAUUCCAUGAAAUGGAACAUGUUGAAAAAGCCCAAUUGCCUACAUUUUUCCAUGCAAAUGCUUCUGGUGCUAAAAUAAACUCACAAACACAAAAUACAACUACAAAUGCACCGCCACAACGUUCUCACUCAGAUUUAAGUAGCAUUUCUGUAAGCUCUACAGAUUCCACAAACGAUAAAAAAGCACUUGCUGAGAUUACCAUCAUAGCGAACACUGCCGCUUCGGCUAUGGAAGUUUUAAUGCCGGAGAUGGCACCGCCGACCGCCAGAAUGGUAAAGAAAACCACGGCACAUGCUGGUGUACAUCGUACGCCAAAUAAAGCCAUUAUAUGCCACAUGUGUAAGAUGUCAUUCAAAUGUAUAAUGGAUCAUAUUCAGCAUAAUAUGACGGUGCACUUUAAAAAUCCUGAAACACCAAAAGGCAACGAGAACCAUACUCAGUCUAACACUAACGUCAAUACAUCGGCUGCAAAACAAGCCCAAUAAUGCGACAUUUUUCCCCCUUUUUUCGGACAUGCCUUAUGCAAUUUUGAUAUUUAUUUUUUAUGUUAAUUUUUCUGUAGUUAAUUUGCGUUCCUUUUUACAAACAAUUGCUAUGUAUUUGACGCCACGAAGUUUUUCCAUCAGAACUUCAAUCCAUUCGUUUAUUUUUUGAUUUUCAUUAGUAAUUUAAUUAUACAUAAUCAUAUCACACGCAAUUAAGAUUGCUCCAUUUUAUGAUUUUCAUUAGUUUAUGUGCAUAUCUUCACAUGUAAGAGCUAAAUUUUUGUAUGUAAUUUCAUUAUGAAAUUGUCUUUUGAUAUGUAUUGUAAGGCGUGAAGAUUUUUAAAUUUAUUUAAUCUGACUGUAAUUUUCAAUACAUACAUAUCAAUAAAUACUCAACUCAUUUAUCUAGCAUCUUUAUA